UGUGUCUGUAAUAAAAUGCUGUUGUUGGAUGGAUCUCUUGAAAAAAUUACUUUCCUGUAUCUGAAGUUCCUGGUAGUUUGGGCCCUUGUGUUGGUGGCCGAUUUUGUUUUGGAAUUCAGAUUUGAAUAUCUGUGGCCAUUCUGGCUUUUCAUCCGGAGUGUUUAUGAUUCCUUCAGAUACCAGGGAUUGGCAUUUUCAGUAUUUUUCGUUUGUGUAGCAUUCACAUCAAAUAUCAUAUGUCUGCUAUUCAUACCAAUACAGUGGUUGUUUUUUGCUGCCAGCACAUAUGUUUGGGUGCAGUAUGUCUGGCAUACAGAGAGAGGCGUGUGUUUACCAACAGUAUCACUAUGGAUACUGUUUGUUUAUAUUGAAGCAGCAAUCAGAUUUAAGGAUCUCAAAAACUUUCAUGUAGACCUUUGUCGACCUUUUGCUGCACACUGUAUUGGAUACCCUGUUGUGACUUUGGGCUUUGGUUUCAAAAGUUAUGUCAGCUAUAAAAUGCGAUUAAGAAAACAAAAGGAAGUGCAGAAAGAAAAUGAAUUUUACAUGCAACUCCUUCAGCAAGCAUUGCCCCCUGAACAACAAAUGCUACAAAGGCAAGAGAGAGAAGCAGAAGAAGCAGCCAAAGGAUUGUCUGAGAUGGAUUCCUCAAUACUUUUGCAACACAAUGGAGGCAUUCCAGCUAAUAAAAAAUUAUCUACAACAUUACCGGAACUAGAAUACAGAGAAAAGGGGAAAGAAAAAGACAAGGAUGCCAAAAAACAUAACCUUGGAAUAAAUAACAAUAUUUUGCAACCUGUAGACUCUAAAAUACAGGAAAUCGAAUAUAUGGAGAACCAUAUCAACAGUAAAAGAUUAAAUAAUGAUCUUGUGGGAAGUACAGAAAACCUCUUAAAAGAGGACUCAUGCACUGCCUCAUCCAAAAAUUACAAAAAUGCUAGUGGAGUUGUGAACUCCUCACCUCACAACCACAGUGCAACUAAUGGAAGCAUCCCUUCUUCAUCUGCUAAGAAUGAGAAAAAACAGAAGUGCACUAGCAAGAGCCCAAGCACACACAAAGACUUAAUGGAAAAUUGUAUCCCCAAUAACCAGCUAAGCAAACCAGAUGCACUGGUAAGGUUGGAACAAGAUAUUAAGAAGUUAAAGGCUGAUCUACAGGCAAGCAGGCAAAUUGAACAAGAGCUGCGUAGCCAGAUCAGUUCUCUGACUAGCACAGAGCGGGGGAUCCGAUCGGAAAUUGGACAGCUCCGACAAGAAAAUGAGCUGCUUCAGAAUAAACUACAUAAUGCUGUACAAAUGAAACAAAAAGAUAAGCAGACCAUUGGCCAAUUGGAGAAAAAACUAAAAGCAGAGCAAGAGGCACGAACCUUUGUAGAAAAGCAGUUGAUGGAAGAAAAAAAAAGGAAGAAGUUGGAGGAAGCAACAGCUGCUCGGGCUGUUGCAUUUGCCGCUGCUACCAGAGGAGAAUGCACUGAGACAUUACGAAAUCGCAUCAGAGACCUGGAGACAGAGUGCAAAAAGCUAACUAUUGAUAUAAAGCUGAAAGAAGAUCAGAUACGAGAUCUAGAAAUGAAAGUUCAGGAAUUGCGGAAAUACAAGGAGAAUGAAAAGGAUACAGAGGUAUUAAUGUCGGCCCUUUCAGCCAUGCAGGAUAAGACGCAGCACUUAGAGAACAGCCUGAGUGCAGAGACAAGGAUCAAACUGGACCUGUUCUCUGCAUUAGGAGAUGCAAAAAGACAGCUUGAGAUAGCCCAAGGGCAAAUAAUUCAGAAAGAUCAGGAAAUCAAGGACCUAAAACAGAAGAUAGCAGAAGUUAUGGCAGUCAUGCCCAGCAUAACGUACACUGCAGCCACCAGCACGCUGAGUCCUGUUUCCCCACAUUAUUCUUCCAAAUUUGUGGAGACCAGCCCUUCUGGACUUGAUCCCAAUGCCUCAGUUUAUCAACCCCUGAAGAAGUAAGGGCCAACUUUCCACCUGUCGCACCGAAGGCAUCACACAGAAAAAUCUCUUGCAGUCAAGAUGAAAUUUGUAUGGUGUGAAACUGUACUGAUUUAUUGUUUAAAAAUAAAAAUAAAAAAAGGGAAGUGGGGGGCCCAACACCAAGGUUUGACUCAAACUGCCCAUCAGUUUUUUCUUGUAAAUUUUUAGAAAAAUUCACAAAACUUUACAAUUUUUUUCUUGGCCAACGCAUUAAGGGAAAAAGAACCCACAAUUCUUGGUUUUCAAAUUCUGCUUCUCUUCGUUAGUUAAAAUGAAUACACUUACACACGCAUAAAUGUAUUGCUGCAAAGUUUCCUCUUGAAACUAUAAAAAAUAGCAGCUCUGCUUGAUUUUAAACCCUUUUUUUUUUCAUUUAAAUAUAAUGAAGCCAAAAUGGCAAAUUAAAAAUUGCAGGGAAUAAUGAUGGAAAUUCUUUAGUGUUUUGGUUUUUCUUUUAAUGGUGAAAGGGUUUGUAGUCAAACAAAGCUUGGAUAGAGGAUGGUGAGGUGGGGUUGGGUGGGAGGAAGCAUGUGCAGAAAAUCCAUUUGCUUACCCCACUAAGGAUCAAAUAUGUAAUAAAAGGGCAUCAUUUUUUGAAGGAAGGCAAUAAACACAUGACAGUAACAUAUUCUUAGUAGUUGUGUGAAGAUUCCCAUCAGUGUGGUUAAUCACUUGAAAGAUGCUAACGGAAACACCUUGAGAAGCAAAGACAUGUCAAGAGGAAACUUGAUAAUUUAAGAAUUAUCUCUCUUCCCCCCUCCCUUUUUGCUCUCAUCUAGCCUAAAAAAUAAAGCUCGUUUUACAGAGUCUACUGCAGGUCGUCAAUAUAAUGCGGAUGUAAUCUGUGGUUACAUCUCUUUUUUUUUUCUCCCCAUUUUUGGGUACAAAAUCCAACAGUGUUUCCCAUGAUGAGGAUAUGCUGUAGCUCACUAGUAACGGAGGGAGUAUUCUAGUAAAAGCAGAACGGUGCAACGUACGGUAUUCCAGAGACUGUCCGACUGGUUCAUAAAGGGGGCAGUUUGGGUGUUUUGGUUUGCUUUAUUUUUUUAAAGUCGAAUUUCAAUUACGCUUUCUAUCAUCCUGUGUUUGACAGUUUAAUUUCAAUGAGACUGGACUAAAUCUCAGCUGUUGUGCCAAGGAGUUUUUUUUUAAGAUUUUUUAAAAAAGAAACUCAUAAAAUUGCACAAAGAUUUCAGUUUAAAUGUAUAUUGUGCAUUGGUAGGAAAGUGUGUUGCACUGGCGACUUUUGAAGUGUUUAAGGUUUGAGUGUGGGCGGGCGGGGCAGUGGGGCAGGGAUUCAAAAUUGUAUUAGUAACUAGCAAAAUUAUUAAAAAAAGAAAUCAAUCCAUUAUGAUUUUGCAAACAUGCAGUGGACUCUGGAAGGACAAAGUUCUUCUUUAAAACAACACUUUUUAAAUUGGCAGGUUUGCCUUGUUUAAAAAAAAUUAAGUAGGACAAGCAAGUCAA